AUGGAUAGGUACUUAAAACGGAAAUUAGAUAUAUUUCAAGGUCGUGGUACACCUGAUUUCGAAAAUAAAGACAUAAAAUUUGUGCAAUCACCCUCAAACGACGGUCAAGGAAAGAUUCGUAUUAACCCCGCAACACAAUCUGCAUCAACUUCAAACGAAUACCAAAACGAUUCAAUUAAUAAUAAUACGUUACCAACAGGAGGGAGCCAGAUGCAAAGACCAGUUGUCAGAAGACGCAUAAGAAGAAGGGCGAAUUCAGCCUCCAAUGACCCGGCGGAGCAGUUAACGGAGAUGUCAGUUCGGGGCCUCAAUCUGUUCAGAUAUGCGUCCGUCAAUGAGGGAGUAUACCAAUGUACGGAGUGCGCAAAAGAAAACAUACAAAAAACCUUCAAAAACAAGUAUUCAUUCCAGAGGCACGCCUUCCUCUACCACGAGGGGCAACAGAGAAAAGUGUUCCCAUGUCCCGUGUGUUGCAAAGAAUUCUCUAGACCUGACAAAAUGAAAAAUCAUAUGAAAACAACGCACGAUUGUUACGUACCGAAAGAUUGCGUUUAUCCCCCAAAUGCGUUUUUCAUGUUACCCGGAAUGGAAGGACAACUACCGCCCGGGAUAAAGUUAGAAGCGAUCGGCUCCGGGUCUCCCCGGAACUCCACGCCCACGCAUUCGUCCCCAGAUCCUGCACAAGUU